GUCUCCACUUUUGACAGCCCAGAAAUGACGACGCUCGGCACGUGCAAGAAGAUAGAGGAGAUCAUGAUUGGGGAAGACAAGGUCAUCAAGUUCUCUGGCUGCUCCAAAGGCGAGGCUUGCACCAUCGUGUUGCGAGGUAGCUCCACGCACGUUUUGGAUGAGGCAGAGCGAUCCCUGCACGACGCCCUGGCCGUGCUCUACCAGACCGUGCAGGAGACGCGAGUUGUCUGGGGUGGCGGCUCGACAGAGAUG